CUGGGCUAUAUAUAUAUAUAUAGUCAUCGUUAUGCUCUAUUCUAAAGUCCUGCAUUCUACCAAUCAAUAACGUGAAAGAUGAACCCCAGAGAUUUUACCAAUCACCUCCAGAAGGAGGGUGACUGUGAACUCCAGACAGUCGCUCAGUUCAGCUCCACACAAGACAGGCGUUAUGCGGAUUACACAAUACAACGAUCGCUGCCACCUCCGCAUAAUUCAAGGAUCCAUCUUAUGCCUGACAAUGAAGUAGAUUCUCAGCAUCGACUGUUACGUCCAUUUUCCUGCUCGGAAACUUUGGCCCAUGGUACAGGUUGCUUUGGUGGUUACAAUUCUGACUGCUCACAGUGCCAAAACUACGCUCUCUCCACAGAUACAGCACGUCGCGGCAAGGUACAAGAGAGCGAAUCUCAAAAAGCAGAUAUCUUUGAGCUCUCUGGUGGCGAGCAACCUUCACUCCCAAUCACUCCGCGGGUAUUGCCCGGGGCUGAGUACCCCACCGAGGACACUAUCGAUCUGCUAGGGAGUAUUAGGAACACAAUCAAAGCUAUCAAAGACGCUCAAGACAGACUCAUCGAAAAGCGCGUCUCCGUCGAGCUUGAGAAACACAACAUCGAUUCGCUCUGGGAGCACAUCUUGACUCUUCACUUCAGCCAGGCAAAGGCAGAAACCCCCCAUGUAUCUCACGAGGAGUUCAUCCAGCAAUUGCACAACGAUGGUCUUACUCACAUCGUCCCCCACGCAAAGAGACUCGAUUCAACAGCCAACUACGCAGUGGCGCCAACCCUUGACCCGAAAAAGAAAAGAUGCAGGGUCGGCCGACCAAAAGGAAAGAUACUGAGAGCUGACCAGGGGGACAACUUGGCCAGGAGGCUUUGCUGCAUGCAUAAUGAUGCAGAAGGAUUUAGGUUGCAGGUUGAGACGUACGGCAAGGAGCCAAUGGUUUGUUAUCCGACAAAUCAGCGUGAUGAGAUGGAGUGAUUGGAUGAGACCCUGGGG